AUGGCAAACACAAGGGACACAACAAUGGCCAACCCGUCAGCUUCAACGUCACAAGCACGGUCUGAGUGGAGGGGUCCCGAAAUAUAUCUCCAUCUCGAGUUUAGGGUCGCCUGGUCCAGGAAGCCACAGCCCAUCAAGAACCACCAAGUUACAUACCGAUCUCGCGCCAGUCGUGAGAGGGCCCCAGCAUUUCCUCGUCAGGUUCAUGCUCCCAACACCAACUACCUCGCCGCCAUCCGUGACUUUGAUCAGAGACAGGCAGUACGCCGGAGCUUACUUGCCGAAGGCCAGCAAAGAGCCCACCAUCAGUUGCAGGAGUACUACCGGGAGGACACACGGGGGAGACCACAGCACCAGAUUCCCGUCAUCCACGAGCCGGAGCAGGAGUCAGAUCAACGUCGAUCUCGAGCCGAGUCGGUUUCCUCACAUGAGCGAGGAAGCUCAGCGCCCCCACCCAUUGGCGAUAACCCGUGGGACGUGAGCGUCCCGAGAGGACAACAGACAAAGGCUCUGCCCCCGGCGCCUUCCCAGUUCCGCUUGGGAGAGGGAUCUGAUCCAUGGUCAACCUGGUCGCUGCCACCGGGCUUUGAUCCGACAAUCUCUUUGCAGGAUGAGCCCGAAGACUCGGCACAACGACCACAAGAAUGGGUGGCAUCCAACCCUACCGAGGUCUCUACCUUCUCACCCGAACCCGCCCAAGCCACCACCCACGCGCGCGAUCAUGUGGAAUCUGGUUCCGUCAUGACAUCUCCUUUCAGUCCCGAACACUUUCCCGACCAACCUGACACUGGUCGCGUACGGGAACUGGAGGCGCUCUCGGCAGCCAUGAUGACGGUCGACAACGGGUUCGAGAAUCAGUGGUGGUAUCAAGGGCGGCGAGCCCAGGUCGCCGAGGAUGCCAAUGAAACCAGAAGUCUGCAUUCACCGAGGCCAGGAACACCGGAGCAUGUCCAGCUGCACCGCUGGUCAACAGAGCCCAUAGGCAGCCCCGAGACGAUGAGUGCCACCGUCAGCGGCCAGACUCCUUCCCUGGCCCAGACUGGCUUUGUCUCUCCGAUCACGGAAGCUGCGAGCCCUGCUCUGGGUUUUGGCACACUUCAACGGACGUUGUCGACGAGGUCGGAAGAGCUGUGGUUUUCUGAACGGGCAUAA